AUGGAAGACCUCUUUUGGGUGAAUCUCUGUCAACUGAUCCCACUCAGCACAACUCAUUACCCAUGCGACACAAUUGUCACAGAAUCCACUACUCGAAUUCGACAAUGCUUGACACACUUGACCAGCUUGCUUGAACAACGCUCAUUGGCACUCUUGAAAUGCGCCCAGUUUGACACAGCCUUACGAGACACGAAUGCCAUUCUCAAACUCGAUCCGACAUUGGCGCUUGGUUAG